AUGGCCCACGUCUCUUGUUUCUGUGGCGGCGUCACCCAGAAUGUCAGACCAAAGAAUCCAACAGCUUCCGACAAUAUAGUAUUGUCUCUAUGCCAUUGCAACACUUGCCGACACACCACAGGGCUGCUUUGCACCUCGUAUCUCCCCAUUCAAGAGCCAGAAAUAUCGGCUAAUCUACGAGUUUUCCGCACAUCGGGCAAGUCGGCGAGAUAUUUCUGCCGUAUAUGCGGAUGCCAUGUUUUCCGCAACGAGGAAAAUAGCAAAGGCGAGGCAGAAUGGGGAGUGGCCACCGGUGUGGUCUCAAGGACUGAUAAUGAUGUGAUUGGGGAGGUGAAGUUUAAAGGCCACAAGCACGUGUCCGAUACCAAGGAUAAUGGAAUUGCAAAAUGGAUCCCAUUCGGGAGCAAAGAACGGGUUUCAGAAGAAGCAGACAGAUCGGAGAUUGACUCAGCACAAUCAGAGUCUCUCGAAGCUGCUUGCGCGUGUGGCACUGUCAAGUUCCAUCUCACACGCCCGGAUGCCGCCAGCCUAGUUCCAAGACGCAAUUAUCCCGACCUCACACACGCAUAUUGUGAGACUUCUACAUCCAUCUUAUCGAAUGUCUCCGAUGAGAAAUGGUGGGUUCGAGGAAGGAAAUACCUCGCAGGGACCUGCACAUGCCAAUCCUGCCGUUUGGCCUCAGGUUUUGAGAUUCAGACCUGGGCAUUUGUUCCGCGAGCCAAUAUAUUUAUCCAGAUACCAGAUGGAGAGAAAGAAGUGGCAAAUAUCCCACUCGAUUUUGAUUCUCUCCCUUCCGGCAUACUGCAGAGUUAUAGGUCGUCACCAGCAGUGACUCGAGAGUUUUGCGGGACAUGUGGUGCCACAGUAUUCUGGCAUGAAACUGAAGAUACUGAGGUCAUUGAUGUGAGUGUGGGGCUACUAAGAGGUAGCGAUGGAGCAUGCGCAGGAAGCUGGCUAGAAUGGUGGAAAGAUCGAGUCAGUUUCGUUGAGGAAGUUCAGUCUGGCCGUAAUGGACCGUUCGCAACUGCGGCGAGGAACCUCAUUGACACAUUGUCCAUUGGAAUGAAGGGAUAA